AGUCAUGUACAUGUAGAUUGAUUUGAAUUUGUAGAAUGUUCAUGGUACAAUACUGACAGUAUUUUUAUUGUUGUUUGUUCACGGGAACCGGUCAUCCCAUAAGAAUAUUUUGCAACUGUCACUCUCCACUUUAUUAGUUGGUUGAGCCUGCUUUUAUUUCCAGGGAUUUUCGUUUUGCUUUUUCGACGGGGACAGCGCAGUUCCUUCUUGCUCGUGUGUGUGUUCAACACAAGCACUUUCACUAAUACCAGGCCGACCGACACUUGCAACCUUGUGGAAUGGCUUAGAAAGUGUGGACGCAGUGAUAUUGAGCAUGGAGGAGAUCGGGGAGAACCUGUAUUCAUUUACUGACUCGCCUCUCACCGAGGAUAAAUUUUCUGAUGACUACGAUCAGUACUUGGGUACAAGCACUGCGCUCAUCAUUGACAAUGGUGCAUAUCAAUGUCGGGCUGGCUGGUCUCGCGAUGACUCGCCGCGUCUCGUCUUUCGAAACCUUGUAGCCAAAGGGCGCAACAGGAAGGAGAUGGAGGCAAUGGUGGUUGGCAACGACAUAGGGAAUCUGGAAUCAAUGCGCUGGGCACUGCGCUCUCCUUUUGAUCGUAACUUGGUAACUCACUACGACACACAGGAGCUGGUCUUUGAUCACAUCUGUUCUCGACUGGGAAUCAGCUCGGACGGCGCGGUUGGCCACCCUGUUGUCCUUACUGAGCCAGUCUGCAACCCACCGUACUGCAGAUCAUUGAUGUCAGAGUUGCUGUUCGAAUGCUAUUCCGUCCCCUCUGUGUUAUACGGUGUGGACAGCCUGUUCAGUCUCUACCAUAAUCUGCCUGAUGCCGCUCGAAGCGAUGCCCUAGUCGUAGCCUGUGGCCACCAGGCUACCCACAUACUGCCAGUCGUCGAUGGCCACUUGGAUGCAUGCCAUUGUAAACGUAUCAAUGUUGGAGGUGCUCACUGCGUGGGGUACAUGCAGCGCUUGCUGCAGCUUGGAUAUCCGGUGCACUUGCAGUCACUCACUCUAUCCCGUGCACAGGAGCUAGUUCACAGACACUGCCGCUUUGCAAUCAACUACUCCGACGAGUUAUCUCUGUGGAAGGAAACCUGUACAAACCGUCCCUCUUACCUCUACAUACAAAUGCCGUUCACACCCCCACCCAUGGAAAAGCCAACCGAUCCGGGGCAUGAAGAAAGAGAGAAGCAGCGGAAACUAAAGCAAGGACAGCGUCUGCAAGAAAUCAAUGCUAAACGGCGGCAAGAAAAGCUAGAUGCACUUCGUGAGGAAGUCGACCAUUUCAUCAGCAUUCUUGACAUGCAAGAAAAGGAUCCCGAUGCGUUUCAGGAUACGAUAGAGAGCUUGGCAUUUCAGUCAGCAGAUGAUGUCCAGCUUGCCAUUGAUAGGGGAAAGCAAUCGAUGAAGUCGCUGGAGGAUCAAAUAGCGCGACUUUCACAACCAUCCGUUGAGAGCUCGAAGCGGAAGUCUAGUAAGACGAGUGCCGAAGCGAAAUCGAAACGUAUUUGUGAAGAAGUUCUGCCGGGUGUUCUUGAUGACCCGGUGCGUUUUUCUGACCCCGGCACUUGGAUUAGAGGUUUACACAGCAAGCGGCAGACUAUCAUGGAGUCCAGGGAGAAGCGGCGGAAGAAGCGCUCUGAGCUAUCCAAGCGUCAUAGCCAUGCUUCUCACCAGCGCAUGCGUAUCAUUGCUGAGUUGGCGCGGGAAAAAGCAUCUACGGAUAGCCGUGGGAAGCCCAAGGAAGACACGUUUGGCAUGAACGACGACGAUUGGCAUGUUUACAGGGAGAUUAGCAAAGGAGAUGGAGAGUCGGACAGCGAACGAGACGAGAUGCGACUUUGUGAGCUGGAGAAUCUGCUUCUGGAGCACGACCCCACCUACAUUCCCACCGAUGGACCGGAGGUUGCCAGUGCAGCACCCGCUCCGACGGCGGUGUCCUAUCGGAUAGCAGUUGGGACGGAGCUUGUUCGCGUACCGGAGAUUCUUUUUCAGCCAUCGUUGGUUGGCGUUGAUCAGGCUGGUUUGGUGGACACGAUGGAGUUUGUUCUGAAAUCUUACUCCGACGAGCAGCAGCAAAAGAUGGUGCAGAAUGUCUUCCUUACCGGAGGCGUGUCAAAAUACCCCAACUUGAAAGAGCGUGUGGACAGGGAGUUGCUAGCAAUGCGUCCGUAUCAGUCUUCUUUCGGUGUUACACUCGGUGGGGAUCCACAUCUGGAUGCCUGGCAUGGCGCAAAGAAGUUUGCCGUGGAAGAAGCCGACUUUGCCUCACUGUCCCUCAGCCGCGCUGACUACUAUGAGCGUGGAGGGGAGUAUCUGCGGCAACACCUUGCGUCAAAUGUAUUCGUUUCUCGGUGAUGACUCCCUGGAGUUAUUUCCCAGUGAUGCCUCCCUGUAGUUAUUUCCCAGUGAUGACUCCUGUAGUCAUUCCCAGUGAUGACUCCUGUAGUCAUUCCCAGUGAUGACUCCUGUAGUCAUUCCCAGUGAUGACUCCUGUAGUCAUUCCCAGUGAUGACUCCUGUAGUCAUUCCCAGUGAUGACUCCUGUAGUCAUUCCCAGUGAUGACUCCUGUAGUCAUUCCCAGUGAUGACUCCUGUAGUCAUUCCCAGUGAUGACUCCUGUAGUCAUUCCCAGUGAUGACUCCUGUAGUCAUUCCCAGUGAUGACUCCUGUAGUCAUUCCCAGUGAUGACUCCUGUAGUCAUUCCCAGUGAUGACUCCUGUAGUCAUGUCACUGUGAUGCUGCCUAUAGUUGUUUCCCAGUGAUGACUCCCUAUAGGAACAGUCUGGUAGUCCUGCUAGUAUCUGGAUAUUACUUGUGUGCCAUGCGGAGGAACCCUUUGCUUUUGCUGCUGGUGCUCGUGCGUCGGCAGGGGACACUAUUCUAAGAGUGCUGGAGACUCCUUGUUGCCUCGGUCCUGGUGAAUGCACGUCGUGAGAGGCACGAUAGGACAGCAGUACGUGCUUGCAGUCAGUUUGGCUUUGGGGAAAACUUCUCACCUUGGUAAGACCAUGCACAAGAUUAUGCAAUGGCUGAACACUGCUCUCAGCGUAGUCGGAUACCGGUCCGAUGGAUUGUACAUAUUCGUUUGUUUACUUGCUAUGUACAAAGCUUUCCUCGUUUGUAAAUACAAUCAUUGUCAUGUCGCUGUAUCUUGUUUGUAAAUACAUUGUCAUGUCGCUGUAUCUUUUGUGGGGUAUGGACUGGUUUCUAUAUAUACUCUUGUGCUUCUUAGAUAUAGCUUUCUUUUAUUCGUUUUUACCAUGCGUUUUUGACAAACAUACCUGCAGGCAUACCCCCCCCCCCCACGCACACAAACAGGCACACACUAUUCAGUAUUAUCAUUAUAGUUUGCCCGUGCUUGGUAAGCAUUUGUGUCCUGUGUGCUCAUGCCCAAGUUUACCAGCUAUAUAAUCACUUCCUUUCUCAACUGAUGUAUAUCCCCUGGCAAUAGGUCAUGCUCGUGCUAUAUUCAGUCUUGUCCACACUGUGCUCUCUCUCUCUCUUUCUCUCUCUCUCUCUCUCUCUCUCUCUCUCUCUCUCUCUCUCUCUCUCUCUCUCUCUCUCUCUCUCUCUCUCUCUCUCUCUCUCUCUCUCCCCCCCCCCCCCCCCUCUCUCCCCUCUGCCUCUUUCUCUCUCUCUCUGCCUCUGCUGUGAGCUUAGUUCACAUCUAGAUGGAGUGCAUGCAGCUCUGCUGUACCAUAUCGCAACUGUCUUUUCUUUGCCUUGCUGCUUAUUUGCUGUCUUGCCUUGAACGGCUCCUGGAGAGCCUAAUUCACACAAACACCUGGAUCAUGGCAGCGUAUGUUCACCAA